CCGCGCUAAGCCACAGGUAACAGAUGAUCAGCAUUGCCAAAAUAUUUGCAAUGAUGCGCGCGAUCUGUUAGUGUUCACGGUCUUGUUACAUAUUUUUUGCUCUUCAAGACUUCAAGUGGAGGUGAUUCCGAUCGAGGAGUCAGGGUCGCAACACCUUACCCACGCCUUUCCCAACGUCCACGAAGAUGCGCGGGCAGUGUGCACGCGUGGUUGAAGAUGUCUUUGGGCCCGUAGUUCAGGGCUGCCUGGACGACUUCGACUUUACAUUGCUCUUUGAAGAAACGUUUCUCUUCGUAGUCCCCGCCUCAUGUCUGCUUCUGCUGGCACUUGCAUGGCGGAUGCCUGAGCUCAUUCGCGCCAAUGGCAUCGUGCGUGCAUCUCUGCUCGGGUUUUUCAAGACGAUCAUUUACCCUCUUAUCUUCAUUUCGCAAGUGGCCUUCCUUGCCUUCGUUUGCAUGAACAAUGCAGCCAACACGCGGGCGACGAUUCCCGUCACUGCAAUCGGGCUGGUCGCCAUCAUCGUCAUGGGUGCCCUAUCUUACUUGGAACAUCGCAGAUCCCCUCGCCCCUCGUCACUCCUCACGCUAUAUCUCCUCGCCGCUGCACCAAUGAACGUCGCUCGCUGCCGCACUCUUUGGCACAUGCCAAGCUCGAAUAGUGUCGUUCUAACAUUUACCGCUACUGUCUGCCUUAUGGGUAUCGCUCUCGGACUCGAAUUGGCACCAAAGGAUGCAUUCGUUAUGGAAGAAAUGGGAAAGACAUCGCCCGAAGAGAGGCGUGGCAUCGUGGAACGUGCGCUGCUCACUUGGAUUGUGCCAGUUUUUGCAUAUGGCUACCGGAAUACAUUCACAUCCAAAACCUUGCCGGCGGUAGACAAGAAGUUGACUACGUGCAGACUGAACGAAAGAGACAUACACAAUCUUGACCAAUCGCUGUUCUACAGUCUUCUCAAACUUCACUGGAGAAAGCUGCUCAGCCCUGUAAUACCGCGCGCUUGUUUUCUGGGGUUGACUCUAGCACAGCCAUUCCUUGUGAGGACAUCCACGGCGUGGAUCUCAGAGUCUACGGAGUCUCAGUCCUCUCAGAUAGGAGGAUCGCUGAUCGGUGCCUAUGUCUUGGUCUACCUUGGCCUGGCAGUUACCAACACGCUCUAUCGCCAGAAGGCCGUCCGAGCGGCCACCUCGAUACGAGCCACCCUUACAGACUACAUAUUCCAACGCCUUUCACAUUUGGACUCGGCAAUGGAGCUUGCAGGCUCAGCUACAACUUUGGUGAGCGCGGAUAUUGAGCGCAUUCAAUUUGGCAUUCGCGAAGUCCACGAAAUAUGGGCAAACACAAUAUCGGCAGCAAUAUCAUUAUUCCUGAUUGAAGAUGCCAUUGGUGUUUCAAUGGUACCUGCGCUUGGUGUUUCGAUUGUAAGCAUGGCUGCUGUGUUGCUUGUAGCGCUUCGUGGCAGCCAAGCCCAGAAACAAUGGUUUGAAGCUACUGAAAUUCGUGUCGCCCAAGUCGUCAAGAUCCUCGCCGAUUUCAAGAGUAUCAAAAUGAUGGGCUACACAGCGGGCCUUCUUGACAGUCUCGGCGCAGCGAGGCUUCUCGAAGUGCAACGUUCCCAGAAGUUUCGCGCGUUCGUGAUUGUGGUAGCCACGUUAGCACAAGCUGCCACUGCGCUGGUCCCAGCUUUUGGAUUCGUCACAUACAUACUGUUGCGCAGAUUCGGUGAUGACGAGAUCUUGGACGCCAGUCGUGCCUUUGGGACAUUGACGCUCUUCACUAUUUUGAGUUCGAGUAUAGGGCGGUUGGUCGAUGGAGUGUUCGGAACAGUAACUGCUGUCGGUUGCAUUUCGCGCAUACAAGAGGUGUGCUCUAAACACUACAGGCUAGACCCGCGUCGAAAUAACGAUUUAGCGAAGGCUUCGCGAUCAAGUGUUGCCAUGAAUAACGCCAGCGCGAGGUACGACAAGGAAGGCAGUGACAUCAUCGAGGAAAUCAGCUUUGCUAUCAAGCCUGGCUCAAUCGUUCAUAUCAAGGGUCCGAUGGCAUCAGGAAAGUCCACGCUUUUGAAAAUGAUACUUGGAGAAGUGCGCUACUGUACCGGGGAGAUAGUUGUCGGAGAUAACAUCAUCGGCUAUUGUGAUCAGAAACCUUGGUUGGAUCAUUCCAGCAUCCGGGAUAAUAUAACUGGACCUGCGCCGUUUGAUCCAGAGUGGUACGCAGAGACGAUUCGCAUAUGUGCGCUGGAACUUGACUUGAAGAACAUUCCGCGAGGAGACGCCUGUCUCUGUUUUGGAAACGGGACAACUUUGAGCGGGGGCCAAAAGGCUCGAAUUUGUUUGGCUCGUGCCAUCUAUGCACGACCGCGAAUCCUUGUCCUCGACGAUUGUCUGAGCGGAUUAGACGCUAAUACGGAGCAUGCCAUCCUCGAGAAUCUCGUCGGCGCGCACGGCUUUCUUCGAGAGCAUUCUAUCACUACUUUUUUGGUCUCGGCUUCACGAAAGCCUUUGCCCAGUAACAUUGCAACACUUUCGCUGGGACCCGAAGGACCCCUGCUGUCUGAGAGCGCGUCAAACCAACCGCACGUCGCAGUCCCAUUGCCCAAUGAAUCGGAAAGUAUGCUCAUAACAAGCUCCCUGGCACUCAGUGAAAACGACGAAGAGAAAGAAGCGCAAUUGUUGAUUGAAGCGCACGGUGACGGCGAGGGAGCGUUUCAAAGGGGAGGAGAAUUUGCUCUUUAUGCUAUGUUCUUGCGGAUUGCCGGACGACGGGGAUUGAUGGUUUUUGUCUUCCUGCUUUGCAUAUUCGUGGUAGGAAUUGCUUACCCACAUAUUUACAUCCAAUCUUGGGUCAUGCAAAGUCCGGCAGAGCAGCAUAACACCGUUGGUGCUAUCACGGGCAUUUACUUGGGUUUGAGCUUUUUGGCGUUAUGCGCGUUCUCUGCAGCCUGCACUCAUUUCACAUUGGGAGUCGCGCCACGCAUUUCUAUUCAAUUUCAUGCAUCGCUGGCCAAGGCACUGCUCUGUGCCCCUCUUUCCUUUCUCGCCACAACGGACAGAGGCUCCAUAACCAACAGAUUUGCACAAGAUCUUGCCAUUAUAGAUCAAGAGGUUCCUAUGGCCCUUAUCGGCACAGUGCUCACCGUUUUGCUGCUGCUUUCCCAAUGCGUCACUCUGAUCAUUGGAUCGCACUUUGCUGGAAUCGCUAUCCCGAUUCUGUUGAUACUGGUGUAUUGGAUUCAGUCCCUGUACCUGCCGACGUCUUAUCAGUUGCGCUUGCUGGACCUGGAGGCCAAAGCCCCUAUAGUAUCACUGUUUGUUCGAUCUAUCGAAGGUCUCGCAACUAUACGGACUUUCGGGUGGAUGAAAAAAACACAGAUGCAGUCAAGGAAACACAUCAUUGCAUCUCAAGGACCAUUCUAUCUUCUGGCAACCGCACAGAUCAUGCUCGCUCUCGUCCUCGACCUCGUUACUGCAGCACUGGCAAUUAUCAUCAUAUCGAUCUCAGUCCAAACACGUGACCCGAGCAGUGGACUGGCGCUGUUCAGCAUAGUGGGGCUAGGUACCUCUACCAAGAUCUUGAUCGCGCAGUGGACAGAGCUGGAAACUUCUCUUAGUGCUAUGAGGCGCAUCAACGACUUCGCGCAUAAUACUCCUCGCGAUAUUGCGUCCUAUAGGAGCUUAAUGCCACCCAAGGACUGGCCGAGCAAAGGCGAGAUCAACUUUUGCGAUGUUUCGCUUGCAUAUAGUGAAUUUUUGCCUCCUGUCAUAUCUAAUCUGACACUCAAGAUCGAGCCAGGGUGGAAGGUUGGAAUCUGCGGGCGCACUGGCAGUGGAAAAAGCACACUCAUCGCUUCUAUCCUCGGUCUCGUCCAUAUGAAGCAAGGUUCCAUCAUCAUAGACGAUAUAGAUAUCUCUCUCCUGGAAUCAGACUCAAUGCGUUCGAGCAUGACAGUGGUCCCACAAAAUGGCGUAAUACUGCGCGCCAACGUACGGACGAAUCUUGCUUUAGGUGCCGCAAAAGCUCCUACCGACGAAAGGAUGGUCGAGGUCCUGAAGGAGUAUGGACUCUACGAUAGGUUUCACGAGCGAGAAGGUCUCGAUACGCUUGUCGUUGAUGAUCUUUUUUCCUACGCAGAGCAGCAGAUUUUCUACAUCGUGCGAGCACUGCUUCAAAAAAGCCAUUUAAUUUUGCUUGACGAACCUACAAGCAGGGCCGACAGUAGCACUCAGGAAAUUAUAGAUUCUGCUGUCUUGAACGGGUUCGAGGGUUCAACGGUUCUCUAUAUUGCGCAUCGUCUCGAGAUUCUCUCACAGUUUGACCGGGUCAUGGUCAUGGAUCAAGGCCGGAUCGCUGAGUUUGGCGACCCGCGCACAUUGCUCCAGAAUCCUGACUCGCUUUUUGCUAGUACCUUCAGCAAAGCAAAUUCGCAGAUCAGCAGCCUCAACGCAACGUAGACGCUGCAUCGUAUAUCAGACCGACCCAGGCUCGACGCGGUUCAAAGGCUUGAAGGGACGGACUUCGCUUUAAGCAUGUGAGAACUAAACAAAACGUUUGCUCGCUCAGGGCGUUAUUGUACAUAGACUUCGGGCGUUGUGCCUCUCGUCCACUACAUAGACUAAGACUGCU